UUCUAUCCACUACUGUACUACUUUACCAUAAACUCUUCAAGCUAAGAUGUUGUCCAUAUUAUUGUUCGCUCUCCUAAGUCAUGUCCAUGCAACUGACCUUCACAGCUGGGGAAUCUUCGACAACAAUUUUGGAGAAUGGAGUGAAGUCAUUGAACGUGAUGUCUGUAUCGUGGGCGGAGGGGCAAGCGGAGUCCAUGCGGCUGUCUCACUUGUUGAUCUGAACAAGACCGUCGUUGUUGUUGAACGAAACAACCGUUUAGGAGGUGAUACACACACCUAUAUACAUCCCGAGACAAAUAGCCUCGUAGAUAUUGGAGUUGUCAUAUUCCAACCCCUCUCAGUUGUGUACGACUUCUUCGAGAAGCUGAACUUGCCGCUCUUGAAUAUGUCGGCAGUACAGUGGAAUGUCCCAGGUCAACCGGCAAACACGUCUCAACCUGCGGCCAUGUUCGCAACCUUGCGUGCAGACGUAGAUUUUCGAGAUGGAACCGAUAUUCUCCUUCAAACAGACACCAGCGACGCGGUAACCGAUGCUUUCCAGCGGAUGUCAGAUAUCUUAUCGCAAUACGAUUAUAUUCUACACGGUUAUGAUCUGCCAGAUCCAGUUCCGGAGGAUCUAUACAUGCCCUAUGGUGCUUUUAUCGAGAAGUACAAUUUGACGGCUGCGUUCCGGACGAUUUAUCAAAUCUCCCAAGGCAUGGGAGAUCUACUUCAUGUGCCCACAAUUUACGCUGUCAAAUAUUUCAAUACUGGGGAUAUACGUGCCUUGACGGAUGGAUACCUCACGCAUGCCCACGGUAACAACUCGGAGAUCUACAGCAGAGCAGGCGACUAUAUCUCCUACGAUAACGUCUUGCUUGAAUCGAUUGUGGUUUCUAGCAACCGGCGGAAAAACCUUACGACCGAAGGUAGUAGAGCCGAACUCUUAGUAUCAACUCGCGAUGAGGGUUUAAAGCUUCUUUCCUGCACCCAAGUUGUACUUGCGGUUCCCCCCGAGCUUUCCAAUCUGGCCGGCUGGGAUUUGACGGACCAAGAGCAAGAGGUCUUUUCUCGCUACAUAGCCGCCAACGGCUACUGGACCGGUCUGGUCAAGAAUGUUGGCCUCAACCAGACGCUUACCUCGUGGAAUGCGGCAGCCGGCACUCCGUUCAAUAUUCCUGUCCUACCCGCAUUAUACGAUCUCAGCCCCGUGGGCACUAUCGACGAUGUUUGGUGGAUCAAGUUUGGCGCCAAUAACCCGACCUUGACUCUCGAUCAGGUCAAGUCAUAUGUCGAACGAGAAAUCCACACGAUCCAGCGUGCUCAGAACGCAACGCUGACAAAGCCCGAGUGGCUCAUAUUUGAGUCUCACUCGCCGUUCCAUCUCCAAGUUGCGCCGGAAGAUAUCAAGGGUGGCUUUUUCAAACGACUAACCGCCUUACAAGGUGGUUUGGGUGGAAGUAUGUUUUAUACUGGGGCUGCAUUCCACACACAGUACAGUAGCUUGUUAUGGCGCUUCAACCGGGAGGUACUUAUACCCAAGAUGAUGGAGUACUGGUGAUCUAGAAUUCCAGCAUAUUGGGCGAGACAGGCUUAAGGGGUCGAUCGUGUGCUUGAUCAAACUUUGCCAAGUCAGGCAAGUAAUAACUAUGGCAUUCGAGACGGCUCAUUUUCGUAAGUUUUAGAGAUGAUCUAGCCUUGAGUUUGCCGGUCAAUAUACCUUCCUUUUGCUCCUAAAACAAUAAACGUCACGAUGGCAGUCAGGAGCGAUUCCACGAAAAUGAAUAGAAGGUUAACGACGUGUAUUGAACUCUAUUCCGGUACGGAUAACAUUGAAAUUAAUAUUGAAUAAUACAUAGGUACCUAUUAAGUGACAGCC